UUUAAAAAUAUAUUAAAAUCAUUUCCGGUCUCUAUUGCGUAUAACAACAUUUUAAAUUCUUUUUUCUUCUUAAAAAAUUUUUUUAAUCUUUAUUUUUUAAGCUUAAUCUUAUUUUCCUUAAGUUUUAAUAAUUUUAUAGACAGACAUUUUUAAUAUUUUAAUCCCCCAAAUUCCUCUAAAUUUCCCCUCAUUUUAUUGGCCAUUAAAAUGCUUUUUUAAAAGGAACUUAAAAAAUAUUUCUUUUUUUCCUUCCAGCUUAAUGUCCUUUUUUCCCAAAAAAUUAUUAUUUUUUAAAUUAAAAGCCAUUUUAUCCCACGCAUUUUUCUUUCCAAUUCUUUCCAAAUUUGUUUUUAAAAACACCCUUCCACCUCCCUUUCAUUUGUUUUUUUUCUGUCCAAAUCUGAGGGGAAAUGUUUUAUUACAAAUCUUAGUUUUCCCUUAG